AUGCGACUUCUGAAUGCACACACCCUUGAGCUGAAGCCCUUUAUCGACAGUAUCCCACCAUACGCGAUUCUAUCGCACUGCUGGGAGGACGAGGAAGUCAUCUUCUCUGAUCUUUCUGAUCUAGAGCAAGCGAGGAAAAAGAAGGGAUUUGCCAAAAUUGAAAAGACAUGUGAACUCGCGAUUGGCGAUGGGUUUAACUAUGUAUGGAUCGACACCUGCUGUAUCGACAAGAGCAGCAGUGCUGAGCUUUCGGAAGCUAUCAACAGUAUGUUUGCGUGGUACAGAGAUUCAAAGCAGUGCUAUGCAUAUCUCGCCGAUGUCGAGCAUGAGGGUGCAUUCGCGGAAGGUUACUUGGCAAGGGAUGGCAUCGCCUUUUCACGCAGCAGAUGGUUUGCACGUGCUUGGACGUUACAAGAGUUACUGGCUCCUAGCAGCUUCCAACAUCGCGAGGACUCCCCCAGGGUGUACCAUUCUCCGGUUCCUAUCAAAGCCCCACCUGGUAGAUACGACGGCAUGAAGUUCUACUCGCGCGACUGGCAACUUCUUGGAAGCAAGCCCAUCCUCUGCACUAAAAUAUCAAUGAUUACCGGCAUACCCAGGGGGUAUCUCGAGGGCCAGAGCUUAGAAACUGCGAGCAUCAGUAUGCGGAUGUCAUGGGCCGCAGGGAGGCAGGCAACAAGACCUGAAGACAUCGCUUACAGCUUACUUGGUGUUUUCGAUGUCAAUAUACCUUUGCUGUAUGGCGAGGGGGACAUCAAGGCGUUUAGAAGGUUGCAGGAAGAAAUCAUGAAGAUCUCCGAGGACGAGACGCUCUUUGCAUGGCAGGCUUCACACCGUAUGAAUAAGCUGGCCGGAGACGCACUCGCGUCUGGGCCAAAUGAUUUUCGGGCAACACGAAGUUUGAUACCGUUCGCUUCAGACGAUCCUGUGCCUCCUUCCACGAUGACUCACAGGGGGCUACGCAUAUGGCAAACGCUCUUCCACACUCAUCAGCUCGAUAGUCAUAGACGCAGUGCGAUUCGGCCUCUUCACGGCCACAUGAUGUGGCCAGAUCGUGACGUCGUUUGGGGGAUCUUAAGAUGCCACGUGGCUCACGACUUCCAGCACUUCGUAAUUGUCCCUUUGGUGCAAUUAUCUGCCGAUAUUUAUCAUCGAGAAGUCAGCUAUCCAGUAUCACUGGUCCCUUUCGAAUUCGUACCUUCUUCUGCGUUUCCCAAAGAAAUAUACAUCCGAUAUGCUAGUACAUCGACUGUCCAGAACAGUUUCCAGCGCCGAUGGGGAUUCCUUAUUCGCAAACCCUCAGAAGGCAUCGAGGUACGCCGAUGCCUCCCCAAAGAAGCUUGGAAUGAGAAAGAUAGCAUCCUCCAGGGCAAGGACAAUCACAUUGCGCCUUUCGCCUGGACAGCAUCCCUAGAACUGCGAUUCGGCCUCGUCAAUAAAGCGGGGUGGGCAAAUAAGUACACGAUCUUCCUAUCUCUUGGAUGCUUACAAGACGCCCCGGAAGAGAAGCCGCAACCCUGGUAUGAUAUAAAAGAUGCCGUCUGGGAGCAAGGUUCCAUGAUCCUGGAAGCAUUUCACACUAGUGCCUCGCCAAAGCCCGUACAGAACGAGUCAGGGCGAGUCCGGAUAGACUACGUAGUCGGGACAGACGUCAGCUUCAAAGUUUUCAUCACACCGACCAAAGUCCUCUCUCAAGACAUGUUUGUCGUAGACUUUCAUUACGCAGAGCUCCCGGACAAUUCCGGUGAGACUUAG